UUUCGACACUAGUUUCUUGCUCUGCUUUACAGCUGACGAUCCAGCCAGUUUUUGUGUCAGGUACAUCUGAAUAAAGGUGUAAAAAUGAAUCACGUAUUAUUAUUGAUCGCGGUUUUCAUUGCUGCAACAGCUCUCACCUCAGGUGAAUAUAGUUCAGCUUUUAUGGUCAAACCGAACACAACAGCCCUCCACCCGAAGACAACAGCCCACCACCCGAAGACAACAGCCCACCACCCCCAGACAACAGCCCACCACCAGAAGACAACAGCCCACCACCCGAAGACAACAUCCCACCACCCGAAGACAACUGCCCACCACCCGAAGACAACAGCCCACCACCCGAAGACAACAGCCCACCACCCGAAGACAACAUCCCACCACCCGAAGACAACAGCCCACCACCCGAAGACAACAGCCCACCACCCGAAGACAACAGCCCACCACCAGAAGACAACAUCCCACCACCCGAAGACAACAACCCACCACCCCAAGACAACAGCCCACCACCCAAAGACAACAGCCCACCACCCGAAGACAACAGCCCACCACCCGAAGACAACAGCCCACCACCCGAAUACAACAACCCACCACCCAAAGACAACAGCCCACCACCCGAAGACAACAGCCCACCACCCAAAGACAACAGCCCACCACCCGAAGACAACAGCCCACCACCCGAAGACAACAGCCCACCACCCGAAUACAACACCCCACCACCCGAAGACAACUGCCCCUCCAGCGCCAACGCCACCCACCAACAUGACAAAGGGGAGUUAUAAUGUUACUGAUGGAAAAGGCAAUAUCUGUAUUCUGGCUGACUUGGAAAUCGGGAUCCGUGUGAACACCAGUGAGGUUAAUGGCACAUUCAUUGUUCAGCCGAGCAAAACUACUUCCCGUGGACAAUGUUCGGAGAAAACGGCUAAUAUCAUUCUCAGUUUUGAUGAAGGCAAAUUUAUCCUAAAUUUUAAAAAUGAUGAAACAAAACAAAAGGUCUAUGUCGAGUUAGUGGAGUAUGAUUUGACCUAUGCUUUCAAACGUGGAGCAUUGGGAAAAUACACAGGGAAGAACGAGUCUCUUGAGCUGUUUUCCGCGGCUCCGGGUCACUCUUACUCCUGCAGUGCUGAGACCGUGUACAUGGGGAACGGUGUGAGUCUAGAUCUGACCAAUUACAGACUUCAGGCCUUCAACAUCAAAAACAAGGGAUUUGGCACAAAUGAUCUAUGCAUGGCUGAUAAACCGGACUACCGUAUUCCCAUCGCUGUGGGCAUAAUCCUCAUCAUUCUCAUCGUCAUUGUAGUCAUUGCUUAUCUUAUCAGCAGAAAAUGGAGAAGUAAUGGGUACCAGUCACUAGAGGCCUAAAAGUCCUGAUUUAUACCAGCGAUUCCGGU